AUGAAUAAGGUCCAGCAGGGCCAUGGAUCUGGCUUCAACAACUUCCAAGCUAACGCUCGGGAUGUGGGGCUGGGGCCCGUCGCACCUCUUCAGGUGUCUGCCAACCGUUGGGACAGGAAGUCGAUACAAGUCGAUCCUGACUCACCUGCAAUCGUGGAUCGCAAGGUCAAGGGUCUACUCAACAAGCUGACGAUGGAGAAGUUCGAUUCUAUCUCUGACCAAGUAAUCGCCUGGGCGAAUAAAUCGGAGAAAGAGAAGGACGGAAGGACUCUCAUUCAAGUUAUUCGACUUGUCUUCGAGAAGGCUACUGAUGAAGCUACCUGGUCGGAGAUGUACGCUCGCCUUUGCAGGAAAAUGAUGGAACAAAUCAGCUCCAAAGUUCAGGAUGACGGUAUCAAGGCCACAGACGGAAAGCCCAUCGCUGGUGGUCAACUAUUCCGAAAAUACUUGCUUAACAGAUGCCAAGAAGACUUUGAGCGCGCUUCACAGGAUGAAGCUGCAAAGGCCGCCAACGAGCAGAGCAAGGAAGGUGGAGCUGAGGAAGUCGCCCUAUAUUCUGAAGAAUACUACGCUGCACAGAAGGCCAAGCGACAAGGGCUCGGUCUGAUCAAGUUCAUUGGAGAACUCUUCAAACUACAGAUGUUGACUGAACGUAUCAUGCAUGAGUGUGUCAAGAAACUGCUCGGAAACGUCGAGAACCCCGAGGAGGAAGAGAUCGAAAGUUUGUGCAAAUUGCUGACCACUGUUGGCGCCAGUCUCGACACACCAAAGGCCCGAGCCCAUAUGGAUGUCUAUUUCUCUCGGAUGAAGGAGCUUACCAAGAGCCAGAAUGUCAGCUCACGGAUGCAGUUCAUGUUGCAGGAUAUCAUUGAGUUGCGAGAACGGAAGUGGAUCCUCCGUAACGCAGUUGCUGCACCAGCAACGAUUGCUCAGAUUCAUGAAACGGUGAGUCGUGAGAAGUAUAACAUGUGCAAACUCUCAUUCGGGUUUAAAUAG